UGUUCAACCCACUUCAGAGUUUCAAAGGUCUACUGCAGUCUCUGUUGUUGCUCCGAGCUGCCACUAUGUCCGACUGGAGAAACAUGAAGAGAGGAGAGCUGGAGAAGCAGUACUCCCCCAGCCAGUGGUCCCACAGAAUGGCGGCCGACGACGUGAUAAAAGCCCAUGUUGCUGCGCUGAAAUCAGGUACAGAGAAGGCUCGUUCUGUUGCUCAGAUGCUUCUCGAUGUCCCGUAUGGAGAUGGAGAAGGGGAGAAGCUGGACGUUUAUGUUCCCAACAGCUCUUCCCCAGAUGUGCCUCUUGUUAUCUACAUCCAUGGGGGUUACUGGCAGUUCCUGAGCAAGGAGGAGUCUGGUUUCAUGGCCGUUCCGUUGGUCCAGAAAGGUGUUGUGGUGGUUGCUGUUGGUUACAGCAUAGCCCCCAAAGGUAAUAUGGAUCUGAUGGUAGCUCAGGUGCGCAGAAGUGUAGUGUCCGUCAUUCAGCAGUAUUCUCAUAUAAGUGGGCUGUACCUGUGUGGUCACUCUGCUGGUGCACACCUGGCAGCCAUGGUUCUGUCCACUGAUUGGUCGGAAUAUAGUGUGAUGCCUCAAAUCAAAGGAGCAUUCCUUGUUAGUGGCAUUUAUGACCUGCUGCCCAUUCUGUCCACUUACGUGAACGAGCCACUGAAGAUGACAGAAGAGGUGGCUCUUAGGAACAGUCCCAGUCGGCUAGUGCCACAGCUAAAAGCUUCAUCGUCUGCCUGUGAGAUCGUCAUUGCUGUGGGGCAAAAUGACUCCCCUGAGUUUCGGAAGCAGUCUGAUGACUACUUCAAAUCUUUGGAAACUGCCGGGCUCAAGGUUACUUUAGAAGAUAUUCCAAACACAGAUCAUUUUAACAUCAUUGAGCAGCUUGUUGAUGAAAAUUACCACCUUACACAGCUGCUGCUGAAGAUGAUGGGCAAGAACUAAGGAGACAUCACUGGUCAUCAGAUCAUCAGACAGUGCACUUUUUAUCACAGCCUAGAAUUUUGUCUGGUUUUGUUAUAGUGCUCCACAUUCUCCCACCAAAAGCAGAUUAUGUCAACAGUUAUCUUCACCAACAUGCUUGACUAGUCAGUCAGACUGUCAGUGGAUAGAGUUUUGUUUAUAAGGGGUUAAAUUCUGAUACAGGCUAUUUUCGCUUCUCCCCGUUCUGCCCAGUAAGGCUUCAGUGUUUGAUGUGAGCUAGUUUUGUGUCCAGUUUACAGUAUGUUGUGGCUGUGAUUCAUAUCACUGUGAAUCCAUUCACUUGAACACUUGUCUUUUUUUUUUCUUUAAUGAGACUUAUUCACGUCUCAGUUCAUUCAGUCUUUCUGUGAUUUGUAUGAUGAUUCAUACCGUCUACUGCAGGGGUCAAAUCACAUAGAGGUCACCCAUGAAUGUAGCAGCACUUUGUAGUCGUUGUGCGUAGUUGUAAGUUGCAGCACACGGCAGAAUUAAACCGUGUUGAUAUUUGAAUUACUCGAAUAUCGUCCUCAGUAACAUCCUCAGAAUAGUAGAUAUUUUUGCACUGUGGAAAUGUGUUGCUAGUUAUUGCACAGUGUAUUUUUACUUAAGGUUGAUCUCAAAUCGUACUUAUGUGGCACAGACAUAGGAAGUCUGGCUGCUCAGAUGUGUUGUUAAUGCAAACUACGGGUCUACUGUUUACAAAUGUAAGUAUUAAUACUUUAAGAAAAAAAUGAAAAUAAAAAUGCUCAUAUGAGAAA